AUGAUUGUCAUCAAUAUCCCUGUCGACUGCGAAGUCUCGCUCCCACCAGAGCCACGCCCGCGACCCAAACUGGACAACGCUGCUCCUUCGCUCCAAGAGUCUUCUGCUGCCUCGUCAGGUUCCAUUACACCUUUGUCUGGCUCAGAUUCCUCGACUCGUCGUCUAUCUCGUCGUGUUCAGAGUAUGGCUGUCGCCCAUUUGGUGCGCGGCGACUCCCCUAAGCCUUCUCAAGUUGUAGCUUCGUCAUCCCCAGCGAGCAGCUCUACCUCUGAUCUCAAAGCGCUCAAGUAUGAUCUCCCCGCCGACAUCACCGCUCCGCCCUUUGCUCAACCGUCCAAGGAUGUAGACCGCGACCUUGCCCGACUGUAUGAAGCCGUUUCUGGUGCACGUCGCAUUGCUGUCAUUUGUGGCGCUGGUAUCUCUGUCUCUGCCCCGGCCAACAUUCCCGACUUUCGCUCGGCGCAUGGUCUCUUCAAAAAGCUCAAGGAGAAGCACCCUACCGCUGGGCUCUCUUCCGGCAAAGACCUCUUCGACGCGCGUCUUUUCAGCUCCGAGUCUACUUCGGCUCUCUUCUACUCGAUGGUAGCCGAACUCAAGAGGCUCGCCGAUGAGGCCGAGCCUACCAUUUUUCAUCGCUUUCUCAAACGCCUUGAUGACGAAGGUCGGCUUCAGCGGGUUUAUACCCAGAACAUUGAUGGACUUGAGGAAAAAGCUGGCCUCACUUUCGGGCUUGGUGAAGCCGGCGAUUCUACCACCACCGUUCGCGCUCUCGGCAAACGCAAGAGACUCGGCUCGGCUUCCUUCUCGCGCUCUAAAUCCGACUCGCACCUCCUCUUUUCCCAAAGGCAGCAAGAGCAAGACAAGCAGAACAGACCCAUGUUUCCACGUACCAUCCCACUCCACGGCACGCUUCAGACGCUCACUUGUGCCUUGUGCAACCACAAGCUCAUGCUUGGCAACACGGUCCAUCAUAAGGCCGAUCACCGAGACAUGUCGCCUUUCUCGCGCGAAGGCUCGGCCUCUCUUGGCCACGAGGAGAGCAAGCACGCCAUGGAGCUGCUCCAGAAUGGCGAGGCGGUUCCUUGCCCACGAUGCCAGACCGCCGACGAAGUUCGUACAAGCAAUGGUAUGCGCUCGCGAGGUGUAGGAAGAAUGAAGGUCGACAUUGUACUCUAUGGAGGACAGAACGAGGGCGCAGAACGCGUCGGUCAGUGCCUUCAGAGGGACAUUCUCGGUCUCCGAGACCCAAACGAGCCACCUGUGCCCGAGUCUGCCGCGGAGACGCGCGCUCGUGAACGCAGAGAAGCUAAAGAAGCUGCCAAACUCAAACUAGAGAUACAACAGCAGCAGCAGAUGGAGCUCAAGCAAGAGCGAGAGAGGGCACAAGCCGAUUUGAGCGUCGACUCAGAAGGCAUGGUUGAUUCCGAGCUUGGCACCUUGAUGCCCGCCGAGGACUCCAAGGACGACAUUCUGGCCAGGGCUUUCGCAGAGGAGGGGGAUGGUGACCACAGCGUACCCAGCAAUGCGCAAUCGGCCAGGAGCAUCACCAACACAGAACGCGUCACGGCGGCCAAGAAGAAAGCCACACGACCGCCUAGGUUGAAGCCACUGCCCCCAGAUCUUCUCAUCGUAGCCGGUACCAGUCUCAAGGUUCCAGGAACCAAACGAAUCGUCCGAGAGUUUGCCAAAGCUUGUCACGCACAAGAUGAGUGGCUCAUCUAUUCUUCCGAGGACGAGGAUGAGAGCAGCACAGCCGAGGAUGGUUCGGGCAAAAAGGCAAAAGCAACCCGUAACGAGCCAAACAAAGAUCGUCGCUCCAAUGGUCCAGCAGAUAAGCUCGACGUGGACGAGGGUGAAGUGGAUGAGGAUGAGGAGCCCGAGAUCCACAAUCCUAACUGUCCCAUCCGUACCAUUCUGUUCAACUACGACUUUCCGAACCCGGCUCGCGAGUGGGAGGAUGUGUUUGACGUAUGGAUCCAGGGCGACCUUCAGCGUGCAGCGCUCUCAUUGUUUCCUCGCAAAAAGGUGGACGACGAUGCUCCUGCUGAGGCCAAAGCCAUCGAGCAGAUCGUUGGCAGCCAUACAUGGGACAAGUUCAAGGACUAUCUUGAGGAACAGAGAAAGCUCGCCAAGAAGGAAAAAAAGAAAGCCACUGUGGCAUCCUCUUGCAUCGCCAAUCCAGGCAAUCGCAAGGGCAAGAUGGGGAGGACCAUGUCGGCUGCCGCCAAAAUGGAAGGCGUUGGUGUCGCUUCUUGCACCGAUUCGACCCCAACUCUUGCAGCAACUUUGUUACAGACACAAUCGGGCAAGGCGGCGGCGGCGGCGGCGGCGGCGGCAGCGAGGUCAAAAGCAGCAAAAGCGAGGAGUCGGUCAGAGUCGCCAGCCAAGAAACGUGCUGGUACCACCGCCAACAGUGGUGCCAAGCGCACUCUGACUGGCGCAAACGGCCAAGGACUCAGACGUAGCAACAGCAAAACGAGCAAUCCUUUUCUCGCGGCUGCUACAUCCAACGCUGAUGUCGAGAUCAUCAAUAUUUCAGACGACGACGAGGAAAUCAACGAGGAGGAGCGAUCCGGACGCUCGCAAAGCAAACAGCGUGACGGCGGCACAUGGAACAAGAGGAGAAAAGAGCAGCUAUCGGCGGUGACGGAGGUGGAAUCCGAUGCGACCAUCGAGAUCAUCACGAUUUCGGAGGAUGAUGACGAGAGUCUGCAGCGCUCGCAGGGAAAAGAGCGUGACGGUGGCACAUUCAAGAGGAGGAAGGAGCAGCUGCCAUCGUCGUGUCGAAAAACAGGGAUGGCUGCUCCUCGUUUCAAAACUCGUAGCUUGUCGCGAAGCGUCAACAUGCCUGAAUCGCAGAGUUCGCAGCAACAGCUGAUGGUGCUCUCCGAGAAUGCAGCCGUCGGCAAUCGAACCACCAGACUCAACGUCAAGGAUGUCGCGGUAGGUGUCAAAUCUUUGACAGUCUAUGGCGCCAUUUCAACAGCCGCGUCAGUCAAAGGCAGGCCUCAACGAAGCCUUGCGAUCAGUGCGGCAGCAGCAACGACUCCAGCGGGAGCGCGAAGUAUGAGCUGGACUAGAACUCAGAGCGAGACGGCUGCUUGUCUUUGA